AUGGUUUUCAUUCCUUCAAGUAUAAAAUCAUCACACAAAAAAGCAGUAGUAGCUAUCGACUUUGGAACUAGUUGUAGUGGCUAUGCAUCUGCAUUUAUUACAAAUAAUGAUAAUGUAGAUAUCUACGCACACGAUUCAUGGCCUGGAGGAGGUUCAAUCAACACAAAGACUGUGACUGUGAUCUCACUCGAUCGACAAGGUAGACUCGCUAAAUUUGGGUAUGAUGCUCGUGAAGAUUACGAUAAUGCUAUCUUUUCAAACUUCAAGAUGGUGCUCUUUGACUCGGUGUCAAGAGAAAAGACAAUGGUCAAAGCUGACAAUUGUGAUCAGAAUGCAUCGAUAGAAUGGCUCGUCACAGAGACACUCUUAUUCUUUAAACAAACAAGUUUGGAGAGACUAAACAAUGGAAGUUUUAACAAGUUAAAUCAAAGAGAUGUACAAUGGGUCAUUACAGUACCUGCAAUUUGGGAUGACGCUGCAAAACAAAUAAUGCGUCAGUGUGCUACCAAUGCUGGUUUAUGUACAACUGCUGGUGAUAAAGAAUCACUGUUACUUGCAUAUGAACCAGAGAGUGGAGCAAUGGAUUAUGUUGGUCAAACUCUUUUGGUUUUUGAUAUUGGUGGUGGAACUGCUGAUUUUACUGCAUAUAAACAAUUAGCAGAUGGAAAGAUUGAAAGUAUUGUAAUACCAUUUGGUGGAAAAUUUGGAUCAACCUAUUGUAACCAAAACUUUAAAACAUUCUUGUUGGAUUUGUUUGGUGGUGAUGUUGAACAAGAAAUGAUUGAUAGCACAGAUUUCAUGUCAUUGAUGGACAGAUUUGAAAUUGUAAAGAAAUCAAUGUGUGAUAGUUCAGUCAACGAUGGUAAACCAAGAAACAUUGCAUUUAAUCCAAGAGUAUUUGACAAGAAUGUUGAUUGGCUACUUUUAAAAAUCGAAAAGUACAAUCAAGUAAAUGGUAGCAAGAUUCAAUACAACCGAUCUGGGCAUCUAUCUAUUCCAUUGGACACGUUUAUGAGAUUCCUCAAUCCGUUGUUUGACGGUAUAGUCGAGUGUGUAAAGUACCAAAUGCACUUGAACCCAGCCAUUAGAACACCCAAUUUCAUCUUUAUGAUGGGUGGUUUCAGUGAAAACUACUUUCUACAAGAAUUGGUAAAGAAAGAGUUUGCAUACACUGGUGCUACUGUCAUCAUUCCAAAGCGACCAUCACUAUGUGUUGCAAAAGGAGCGUGUCGAUUCGGUCUACGUCCAUCGGUCGUUGCCAAACGUCCAGUCCAAAAAUCGUAUGCUGUCGAGAUUGACUGUCUCAUCACAGCUGAAACUCCGCACAUUGGGAGAAAGCAGUUUAUGAUCAAUGGUCAAUCAUAUGCAAAGAAUGUGUGUGAUGUAUUUGUCAGGGCUGGAGAAUCUCUUGGAAUGAAUGAAAGCAAAACAAAGACAUUUGUACCGACUAGAGCCGAUCAACAGUGUGUCGAACUGGCCAUAUUCACAUCUCAUCUUACCGACAUGCAGUAUACAACCGAUCCAGGAAUAUCAUUUGCAGCCGACCUAACACUUUCCAUUCCACCAGGUGACACACCCCAAGAUAGAAAGAUCGAGAUGACAUUAGAGUUUGGUGCCACUGAAGUAUUUGUUACUGCACGUCACGUAAAGACUGGUGUCAAGGUCAACUCUUCCAUUCAAUUCGCAAUGAACAAAGAAGAGAUUGAAAGAAGAAAUCAAAUACGGCUUGAAAAGACUAAACCUCCAUCUGUACAACUAUGUAUUUGCAUGGAUAUCACUGGAUCGAUGCAACCAUGGAUUGACGAGUCUAAAAACAAGAUGGUUCAACUUGCCAAGGGACUUUUAAAUGCACACGCUGGUAUCGAGUUUGAAGUAUCGUUUGUUGGUUAUCGUGAUCACACUGAUCCCGUUCGAUUCGAAAACAUAAUGUUUACAUCAAACAUGCAAGUACUCGAACAAAAUUUGGCAAGGAUCGUUGCAAGUGGAGGUGGAGAUGUUCCAGAAGACGUUCUAGGAGGAUUCCAACAAGUUCUAUCACAAGAUUGGAAGGACGAUCACACCAAAGUGUGCAUACAUGUUGCUGAUGCACCCUGUCACGGUACAAAGUAUCACAAUCUCGGUUCAGUCUCUGAUUCUCUACCACAUGGUGAUACAUCAGGUCAUCCAGAAGAACACAUCAAAACCAUGAAGAAUAGAGGAAUCGAUUAUUAUUUCAUAAAGAUCUAUGGUGAGAAUACCGAUUUGAUGAUCGAAGAAUUUAGAAAGACCUAUGAUACACCUCAAAAGAAGAUCAUCGUUGCCGAUUUAGGUUAUGAUACCACUCAAUUAAUUCCAUCUUUGGUUUCUUUUGUUUCAAAUUCAAUUACCAAAUAUUAA